AACCUUCACUCUAGUCGUAUAUUAUUGGUAUUGUUUUUAAAAUUGUAAUUAACUUGUUAGGCUUAGGGGUCUAUAAAUCAAUCUCUUUUAACCUGUUAGGGUUUUCAUUUUUCACCACGAAAUCAGAACCAUGACCACUCUGAAGGAGCUACUUCCUCCUGCCAAAUCCUUCUCCACCACCAACUACGACCACACCAACGAUCCCUGGUUCAAGCAGCGCUUCUCCUCCGAAGAGCAGAAAUCCGCCGCCGCCGCCGCCAUCAAGCAGAAACCCGUUCCACCGUACCUGAAGCGCGCCGGCUUCGUCCCCCGCAAAAUCGAGGACUUCGGUGAUGGCGGCGCGUUCCCCGAGAUUCACGUGGCACAGUACCCUCUCGACAUGGGAAGAGACAGGUCAUCGAAACCUGGAUCCAAAAUUCUUCCCGUCACCGUCGACGCACAUGGCAACGUCGCCUACGACGCCAUCGUGAAGCAGAACGAAAACGCGCGCAAAAUCGUGUACACACAGCAGAAGGACCUCGUACCCAAGAUCCUAAAAAACAACGAAGACUCCGAUGACGACGACGCCGUUUCCGACGAUGAAACGCAGAAACAGAUUGAGGAAACGAUGCAGGAGACCAAAGCCGCGCUGGAGAAGAUCGUGAACGUGAGGCUCAGCGCUGCCCAACCGAAGAACGUUCCGAAACAGAACUCCGACGCAAAGUAUAUAAAGUACAAACCCUCGCAGCAAUCCGCGGCGUUCAAUUCAGGUGCUAAAGAAAGAGUGAUUAGGAUGGUUGAGAUGCCGGUGGAUCCGCUUGAACCUCCGAAGUUUAAGCACAAGCGUGUUCCGAAGGCGUCAGGGUCUCCGCCAGUGCCUGUGAUGCACUCGCCGCCCCGGCCGGUGACAGUGAAAGACCAGCAGGAUUGGAAGAUUCCGCCGUGUAUUUCGAAUUGGAAGAAUCCGAAGGGUUACACUAUUCCGCUUGAUAAGAGGCUGGCUGCUGAUGGGAGAGGUCUUCAAGAGGUUCAGAUUAAUGACAAUUUUGCUAAGUUAUCGGAGGCGCUGUAUGUGGCGGAGCAGAAGGCGAGGGAGGCCGUUGCAAUGAGGUCCAAGGUGCAGAAGGAGAUGAUGUUGAAGGAGAAGGAGAGGAAAGAGCAAGAGUUGAGGGCAUUGGCGCAAAAGGCGCGGUCGGAGAGAAUUGGAGGGGAAAGAAUUGGGGUUGUGCCGGCCCCGCCUGCGGCUGUGCCCGUUGAUGAGGAUGAUAUGAGAGUUGAUUAUGAGCAUGAGAAGGAGAAUCCGAGAGAGAGAGAUAGGGAUAGGAGUUUUGUGAAGGAGAGUAGAGAGGAAAGGGAUGAGAGGUUGCAGCGCGAGAAAAUUCGCGAGGAGAGGAGGAAGGAAAGGGAGAGGGAAAGGAGGUUGGAAGCUAAGGAUGCCUCAAUGGGGAAGAGGAGCAAGAUCACACGUGACAGGGAUCGUGAUAUUAGUGAAAAAGUUGCUCUUGGUAUGGCUUCUACUAAGCCCGGGACUGAGGUUAUGUAUGAUGAGAGGCUCUUUAACCAGGACAAGGGGAUUUCAUCUGGGUUUGCCACUGAUGAUCAAUACAAUGUGUAUGAGCAUGGGUUGUUUACUGCACAACCUACUCUCUCGACAUUGUAUAGGCCAAAGAAGAAUGUUGAUGAUGAGACUUAUGGAGGUGCGGAUGAGCAGUUGGAGAAGAUUAUGAAGACUGAUAGGUUUAAGCCUGAUAAAGGGUUUGCUGGGGCUUCUGAGAGGAGCGGUCCGAGAGAUGGGCCGGUUGAGUUUGAGAAUGAGGAGGCUGAUCCGUUUGGUUUGGAUCAGUUCUUGACAGAGGUGAAGAAGGGUAAGAAGGCCAUGGAGAAAGUGGGUGGUGGAGGAACUAUGAGGGCUAGCGCUGGAUCUUCGAUGCGGGAUGGUUACGAUGGAGGUUCUGGUAGGACUCGCAUUGGAUUUGAAAGAGGACAUUAGGGAGCAUGAUAUUUGAUGAUGCAUGACCUGUUUCUUAUGCUUAGUGUUGUUGAGUAUCCAUGUUGAUACCAGAGGUUGGUAUGUAUGAAAAUGAACGGACAGGACAAUGUGCUUCUGUUAGCAUUUCGGUUUUUAUGUAAUCCCCUACUUUAGGUGGGGAAAAUAACUGUUUUUGUACACUUCUUUACUCUGUUGGUAAACUGCUUAUAAGUUAUAUAUUGAAUGAAAUGUAAUAUUCAUGAUAGAUCCUUGUUUGCUGUAUAACAUGUAAUCAGACACUAUUGUGGGGGAAGGAAAUGGUCUGUGAUGUUUCUUAUUUUGGACAA